AGCUGCGGGGCGUGGGGGCGGCGGCGGCUGCGGCCGAGGCCGAGGAGGCGGUGGCCUUCGAGGAGCCAGCGGCACCCCAGCCAGGGAGGGUGCACCACCGGGCCCCCUUGCAGGCUUCAUGGAGGCGGCCGCGGGCGGGGGCUGCGGCUCUGGGCCGCCGCCGCUGCUGCUGAGCGAGGGCGAGCAGCAGUGCUACUCCGAGCUCUUCGCGCGCUGCGCCGGCGCCGCGGGCGGGGGUCCCGGGCCCGUGCCCCCUGACGCCACCAGGGUCGCGCCCGGCACGGCCACCGCGGCCGCCGGCCCGGUGGCCGACCUGUUCCGGGCGUCGCAGCUGCCCGCCGAGACGCUGCACCAGAUCACAGAACUGUGUGGUGCAAAGCGGGUUGGUUAUUUCGGUCCAACACAAUUUUACAUUGCUCUGAAAUUAAUUGCUGCAGCACAGUCUGGCCUCCCUGUUCGGAUAGAAAGUAUUAAAUGUGAAUUGCCUCUGCCUCGCUUUAUGAUGUCAAAGAAUGAUGGUGAGAUACGAUUUGGAAACCCAGCUGAGCUGCAUGGAACUAAGGCUCAGAUUCCAUAUUUAACCACGGAAAAAAAUUCCUUCAAAAGAACGGACGAUGAGGAUAAACAGCAGGAAACACAGUCUCCUACGAUGUCACCCCUUGCUUCCCCUCCUUCUUCUCCGCCUCAUUACCAGAGGGUGCCCUUGAGCCAUGGCUACAGCAAACUGCGGAGCAGCACAGAACAGAUGCAUCCAGCUCCUUAUGAAGCUCGACAGCCCCUUGUCCAGCCUGAGGGACCCUCAUCAGGGGGCUCAGGAUCCAAGCCCCUUCGGCAUCAGGCAUCUCUCAUCCGGUCCUUUUCAGUGGAGAGAGAACUACAGGAUAGCAGCAGCAGUUACCCCGAUGAGCCCUGGAGGAUAACAGCAGAACAGCGCGAGUACUAUGUCAAUCAGUUCCGGUCCCUGCAGCCAGACCCGAGUUCCUUCAUUUCAGGUUCUGUGGCCAAGAACUUCUUCACCAAAUCAAAGCUUUCCAUUCCAGAACUCUCUUAUAUAUGGGAGCUUAGUGAUGCUGACUGCGAUGGAGCCCUGACUCUGCCUGAAUUCUGUGCUGCAUUUCAUCUCAUUGUGGCCCGGAAGAACGGCUACCCACUGCCUGAGGGCCUGCCUCCAACUCUGCAGCCAGACUACCUACAAGCAGCUUUUCCUAAGCCCAAGCGGGAGUGUGCAUUAUAUGAUUCUUAUUCGGAGUCACUACCAGCAAACCAACAACCCCGUGACUUGAAUCGGAUGGAGAAGGCAUCUGUUAAAGACAUGGCUGAUUUUCCUGUCCCUACCCAAGAUGUGACUGGUGAUGACAAGCAAGCUUUGAAAAGCACUACCAACGAAGCCUUACCGAAGGACGUGUCUGAGGAGCCAGCAACUCCUAAGGAUUCCAACAGUCUCAAAGCAAGACCAAGAUCCAGAUCUUACUCUAGCACCUCCAUAGAAGAGGCCAUGAAAAGGGGCGAGGACCCUCCCACCCCGCCACCGCGGCCACAGAAAACCCAUUCCAGAGCCUCCUCCUUGGACCUGAAUAAAGUCUUCCAGCCCAGUAUGCCAGCUACUAAGUCAGGAUUGUUACCCCCACCACCUGCGCUCCCUCCGAGACCUUGUCCAUCGCAGUCUGAACAAGUGUCCGAGGCCGAGUUACUCCCACAGCUGAACAGAGCCCCGUCACAGACUGCAGAAAGUAGUCCAGCUAAGAAGGACACACCAUAUUCUCAGCCCCCAUCAAAGCCCAUUCGUAGGAAACUGAGACCUGAAAAUCAAACUACGGAAAACCAAGAGCCUCCAACCACUGUGAGCGGGCCAGCUCCUGUAGCAACCGUGAAACCACAUCCAACAGUUCAAAAGCAAUCUUCCAAACAGAAGAAGGCCAUUCAGACUGCCAUCCGCAAAAAUAAAGAGGCGAAUGCAGUGCUGGCCCGCUUGAACAGUGAACUCCAGCAGCAGCUCAAGGAGGUUCAUCAAGAACGGAUUGCAUUGGAAAACCAAUUGGAACAACUUCGUCCAGUCACUGUGUUGUGACCGCCAUGGUUCAAGUGACAGUGAAUGACCUCAUCUGCCAAGAUCUUUCUUUCUUGUUUGAAUGUUUGAACCCCACUACUUGUCAUAGAUAUUUGUGUCAAAAGCUGUGAGCAGCAGAAUAUAAUCCAUAUGACCUUUUCUCUUUAACUCACUUGUACAUUUUACUGUGGUGGAAAAUACUUCAACUGAUUAUCACACUUGACUUUGUAAUUAUCAGUGGAAUUACUCUCCCAUUCUUAAGUAGUUCCUCAAGGUGUUAGAUACUGCUCCUUACCAAAAAUCAGUCUUCUAGCAAAUAAAAGUAAUUUAGAGCAUUAUUUAUUUAAAGAAUUUAUGAUUUGUACAAAACCUUAUAACAAAGUACCUUCAGGAUGCUUGUUUUAUUUUUGUAUGUAUAUCACAUACAGUAGGUUGGUUUCCUGAAUAAUUAGGAUUCCAACUGGAUUAUCUUUGGCAUGAUGAUAAUAAAAACAAAAGCUAAAAUAGAAUAAAAGCAUCAGAUUUAGACUGGCGCUGUGCCCUCCACCACUAUAUGCCAAAAAUUGCUUCUCUAGUGCCAUUUUGAUAUUAUAUCUAGCUAUAAAUAAUACAUGACUAUUGUUUUCUAUUGAAUGUCAAAGACUUAUUGGGUCUUUACACUUCUGUAAAGUGGAGGUUUUGGCAAUGAGCUAUUUAACUUGGCCAGUCUAGGCCGUCAACCCAGAUAACUCAGUCCCUUCAUGUACAUUUUUGGGCGAAAGCAAUCUGCUUUAACUGCCUCACCCGAUCAAAUUAAAUAAAUAGUUGCCGGGUCUCUACUUUUAUCCUGCAUGGGAUAACAUAUCUGUAAAUACAUGAGUUUGGAAACCACCCAUCAAAUAUGAAAGUCUGAUGAGACUGCUUGGAUUGCUAAACAUUUGAUUUUUGAACCCAGGUACCCAAACUGGGGAAGAAAGGGAAAUGAUUGCUACCUAUAAUCUAACAAUCUCUGGUAGCUAUUUUCAUCAACCUGGAUUGCAAAUGUAUUGGCUAUGAAGAAAUAAUGAAAAGAAGCAGUCCUCAUGCUAUAUAUAUAUAUAUAUGACUGUUUUGUUCCCUAUGCAGUGUUAUCCUUGGGAAGUGAUUGGUUUAUAUCAAGUUCAGAGGAGCCCAACUAACUCCAGUAUAGCUGAUGUAAAACAAUAAGCUCAAAUUGCAAAAGCCAGUAACCUAUAGAAAUUAUAGUAGCUGUUGCUUCUCUGAAAGCUCAAAUUGAAAGUGGGAACACAGGGUCACAGGGUGAGAAGGCAUGCCAGCUUUAACAUCACUUUGAGAGAGACUAAUGGCAAGAAAUGCUAUCUCUCAUGCAUUUUGCUCAUUUCCCUAUUCUUAGGAUAAUGGGGUAGGGUGUGCCUAGGGUCCUUUUUGAAGUUUUAGAUAGGUUUGCAAUAUGCGGGAUUAAGCCUUUGAUUUUAAUAGAGCUGAGAGCUUUCAGAAGAAGUAGGCAUUUAUUUAAUGCUUCCUUAUUCCAUUGGCAAGCUUUAUCAAUAGCUUAACAGCAGAGCAGAAAGGCUCAAACAGAUGAUGUUUUUCCAGAGAAAAACAAAUUGUGAAUCUAUUCCAUGCAUGUUUAAGGAUUUUGAAUUGCUUUUGAAAAUCAUGAAACUUGAACUAUUUCUCUAUUUCCUUUUUUCUUCCCUUUUGGGUGCCUUUUUUGUUCUUGUGGGGGAAGGGUUGGGAGUGGGUUUAAACCCUUCCUAAGAUUAUAAAUGGGUCAGUGCAGAUUUUUAGGUAAUGUCUUUCCCCAUCUUCUGAGAUCUGGGGGCUGCAACACAUUUUAUCAGCAGUGUUCUUAUUGCAGACAUUUCACAGCAUGUUUGGCUUUCCAGGAAAGACUAGCAUAUGCACUUUAUCUCAUAAUCUUCCAGUACAUAUGCACUCACUUGGGAUAGCAUUUCAUAUCCAUUAACCAGACGUAUAAACUAAGGAAUGUUAGUCUACACUGUGCAUUUUAAAAAUAUUGACAUGCUUUUUUUGCCCCGUGAAGUCAAUGCCAGAGUGAGUCAAAUUAGGAUGUUGGGGUUUUGUUUAGUUGGCUUGGUUUUCAUUAAAGGAAAACACUUGCAUUGGACAAUCAAAGUCCCCUGAGUUUCAUAGUCUUACCAAUAUUUUAUGAUAGGCAUUGCAUUAAAGCACACACCAAUACUAUCUACACCCAACCUUCUUGACUGGACUUAAUUGUAACUAUAGUUUAGUAGUUGCUUAGAAUUAGAGUUGUUAAAAAACAAGUAUUUGUGUGUGUGUGUGUGUGUGUACAUACAUAUACAACUAUUAUUAUUACCUAACUAGUGCUCAUCCUUUAUUUCUCUGUUGUCUUAGGAUGUGCACUUUUAAUUUAGGAUUAUAAUGCCUAAUGAUGUUUCUGUGAGCCUUUAAUGUGAUUUAUAGGAAGCCUGGGUUAUUGAAAUCACCAUCAUACCUCUUCUAUAAAACAACUCCAAAAUGAGACCUGCUUGUUGGGGAGAACUCUGUAGACAGAAGGUCAAUGUUGCCCCAUCCAUGGGGGUUGAAUUACCUUCUUGUUAAGUGGUCUUCCCCCACUGGGAUUCUACAGUCCCACAGAUGAAAGCAUAGUAGGAGCUGAUAGUGGGCUUCUGGAGUCCCUCAGCAUCUCUUGUAUGUGGCAUAUUGCUCUUGCCACCUUCCUAUCCAGCAGACGUUGAAGCAAAACCAAAAGGUAGAUAUCUGGAAUGAAUGUGUAUGUUAUAAUCGAGGCAGAUAUUUGCCUUAGUUGGAAGCAUCUAAUUGUUUUACAAAUAUUAAACAAGUGCUUGGGCCUGACUGGGAGAGGAGGCAGCUUAGCUGGAAGCUGUGCUCAUCUUACUACCACUGGAGAAUAAGAUAUCAGAGUUGGGCAGGGUAUCCAUCUCCUGAAGUUUGCAUGUGGGGAAACCAAUGCCCUAUAUGAAAUAGCAGCUCCUGGCCCAAGAAUCCACAGAAAGAGGUAGCUAGUGGCAGCUUUGGGGUCCCAACCUGAUUUUAUGGAUUCUGAGUUAGGUCUCCCACCCUCUAUCACUACUAAAAAUAGAUUAGAAAGCUUUUUUCUAUUUGUUGUGAGUUUCAUUGACUUAAUUAGUCUUUAAAUGUGAAAACAUGUUCUAAGGAGUUUAGAUCUAGAAAUUCCUCUUGGAUUGAAGUGAAAAAUAAAAUCUGAAGGAAAAGAAUAUGAUUGAACUAUUUGUUCUUCUGAACCACCUCACCUUUCAUGGUGCAAUAAAUUGCUCUGAGUUUCUUGGCAGAACUUUUGACAGCUGUUGCUUUCAAUGGAUUCCAUUCCUGUAUUCCUUAUGGGAGUUUGUUUUUAAAAUAGACUACCGUGAUUGAAACAAACUCAAUAUGUAGUAAGUUAUAGUUUUCUUCAAUAUAGCUUUGGUUACUUGGGUUGCAAAUGUUUAAUUUCAGCAUUUUUUAGGGUGAGUAAUCAAAAACAUGAAUUUUCCUUUGAUUUCUUACCAAUGUCUGAACUAUCAUAAAGCAUUCUCUUUAGAUGUGAUUUGAUUCUAUAGUGUGUUUCUAAAUGAUAUUUCUCUGUUUCUUAAAUGAUCUCACAGCCAUGGUAAUAAUAGCUAUGUACUCAGAAGAUCAAUCAGGUAAUAUCUGGAAUUGAUGUGUUUUUUGCAAUGAAGGCAAGCAUUUGCAAAUAUCUUCUUUUAAGCAGUAGUUGGAAAGAUCUCAAUUACAGUAUAACACCUUAGAGCUAAAAGCAUUUGUUCAAUACAAACUAGAAUCACACCUUCUGACUAGGUAUCACCAAGGGAAUGUGAUUUUUAAAGUAUAAAAAAAGAAUUUAAUAUAACAACCAGAUUCUCCCAUAUUAUUGACAAGUUGGGCUUGUUAGGUUGCGGUUUGAACAUUAUGAAUGUGAACAAAAUGAAAUAGCAGUUAAGAGGUCUUUUCCCCCUCUAUUUCAAUAGAACACUAGUAACUUUGGCUUCUCUUUCUAACUGGUUUACUCUGUUUCAAGUGUGUUCUUUUAAAACUCUGAUUUCAAAGGAUCAGUUGAACUUAUAUUUUUGUUAUGGAUGUUUUGUUAGGGUUUUUUGCAUCAUGACUCAGUGUGGUUCAAAUUCCUAGUAAGAAGUGGGGAUUUGGGUUUUGGGAGUCCUCAGCCGGCAUGUCUUGCUCCUCCCUUGGCAUAGUAUCACUCUGUGAGCCACCCUGCUUUGCUUGUUUUUAAGGAGAAAUGCAUCUGGUUAUGUGACUCUCCCAAGAACAGCAGACUUGGAGGGCCAGACUUUAAAAGCAAGCAGAUUCUAAGAGCUGCUACCCUCCCCCCAAAAUAGGCUUUUGGAGGCUGCCUUACUUACACACAUGCCCUGAAGCAGCCAGUCUUUAGUGGGAGCAAGACAUCGCAGGUGCACAGUUGCUUUUAGCCUUGUAUAGUUAUUUUCCACAUUUACUACCACACAUGAUCAUAAAGGAACCUUUUCUAAGAAGCAUGCAGGGUUUCAAUAGACAGGACUUAUUCUAGUUACAGAAGCCUUGAUCUGGUGUCAGCAAUUGGGGAAUGCUUGUUUUUCAUGUUUUGUGAAUUCUUUCUUGCUAUAAGCUAAUUUCAUGGCUCUGGAAGGAUGGAGACAGUGGGUUUAUGACUCUGAAGACCAGAGGACACCAGACUUUAGGAGGGCUUAAAUUGGAAGUUGGGGACUAUAAUAAGGAUACCUUUAUGUACUAGUUCCAUCUGAAAGCACUCUGUUGGACAACAGGACUAGAUCCUAAAGCUCCUUCAGGGAACUCUGCUUUGGGACUGGAAUAGUUGAUGUGAUAACCCCAUUGUGUGAAGAUUAGAUCAACUGAGGUGUGUUAUUGUUGUUUUAAGUCAACUUGUACGAGAGUGUCAGCUGCAACUCUCUUGAGAACCAGGUAUACCUUUUUCUUUAACACUGCCAUCCUUUUUGUCUUCAGCACAAAUAAAAUGUUCAAGUGAGCCAGAUGCGAGAAGAGCCACUUUAGUCUUCAUAGCUGUUGGCCAAGAGAGAUAAUGAGCUGAUGGUCUAUUUUAACCUUGAAAGUAAAAAUGUAUAUUUUUUCAUUGUAGGUACAUUGAACAGUAAAAAGUGUAACAGUAAAGUAUAUAUUUGAUGCCUUCUGUCUUUUCAUGGUAAUGUGCUAACAAGUUGUGUUAAUAUUUUACUCAGCCAGAGUCUCAUUCGUUUGUUAAGCAUUGGGCACAUUAUAUAUAUUGACCUUAAUCAUACAUCCCUGAAAGUGUCCUGUAUUUGGAUUGUGACUUGUAGACUCAAGCUAACCUUACUGCCUCUUUUUCACACUUGUCGAGAAGUCUGUGAAGAACAUAGUAGGUUAAGUAUCUCCAACUUUGGGAAAUAUACAUGAUGUGAAACUGGGGUGCUAUGUUAAAAAUAAACGUAUAUAACUAA